AUGAGGGCGCCAUUCUCCGAGCCUUCCACACUUUCCCCGCAAUCCCAAUCAUUGUGCAGGGACAACCUCGUUAAACGGUUACUCAAGCGGAAACCCCCACGACGCCCCAAGAAUCUAGCCAACUGGCUGCUCGAUCAUCAAAUUGAGAUCCCCCUCAAUCUCCUCGCCCUCCUCGUCGUCACCCACCUGUUCGUCCCCCGCGCACGCCAACACACAUCCAAAUUCUUCUCACCAUCGCACUACAACCCAAACACCGGGCAAUAUGCCAUCGGCAACGGGGACUUUUACUUCCUUGGGUUCUGCGUGGUGCUCUACACGGGCCUCCGCGCGGGGAUCAUGAAGUAUAUCCUCGCACCGCUAGCGACACAAUGGGGGAUCUCCAAGAGGAAGGAUAUCACGCGAUUCUCCGAGCAGGCGUGGCUGUUGUGCUACUACUCGGUCUUCUGGACGCUGGGUCUGUACAUCUACGGCACCUCCAAGUACUACCUCAACCUCCGCGAGAUGUUCACCGACUGGCCCACGCGCGACCUCCCGGGCCUCACCAAGGUCUACAUCCUGGGCCAAUGGGCGUUCUGGCUGCAGCAGAUCCUCGUCCUGAACAUCGAGGCCCGUCGCAAGGACCACUGGCAGAUGCUCGCCCACCACCUGGUGACGGUCGUGCUGAUUUCCACCGCGUAUGCCUUGCAUCUCACCCGGGUGGCCAACCUGGUGCUCAUCCUGAUGGAUGUGGUGGACAUCUUUUUCCCGCUCGCUAAAUGCCUCAAAUACCUCGGCUACACCACCGCCCGCGACAUUCUCUUCGGCGUAUUCAUGCUCGCGUGGUUCCUGGCUCGCCAUGUCUGCUACCUGCUCACCAUGUGGGGGAUCUGGAAGUACAUGCCCGAGACGAUUGCGGAGGGGUGCUACCACGUUCCUGCCAGUGGCGCCCAGGACUCGCUCCGUGGACCGACGCCUCUCCCUGUACGGGGCUGGUCUCAUCUUUGGACACCAUUUUACGACCCCACGGGCCCCAUCUGCUACAGCGAUGGAAUCCGGUGGGGGUUUCUGGGGGCCCUAGGGUUCCUGCAGCUGCUGACGGUGCUGUGGUUCGUGUUGAUCGUCAAGGUGGCGGUGCGGGUUGUGCAGGGAAUUGGGGCGGAUGAUAUUCGGAGUGAUGAUGAUGAGGAGGAAGCCGAGAUGGAUGUGGAGGAGGAUGAGAACGAGAUGGUAAAGCCGUCCCCAUCCCCGUCAUCAGGGUGGAAGCGCAGGGCGGCCGGGAGUCGACGAACGGCGAGCUCAUCCGGCGUCAGCUUUGAUCGGAAGGAGUUGCUGAGUCGGAUUGGGUGCGAGAAACAGGUGGAUUGA